CUUCAGUCACCCAAGGCGUUCCUCAAGGAUCAGUACUUGGCCCCCUCCUCUUCAUCAUUUACAUCCUGCCCCUCGGUCAGAUACUCCGCCACUUCAACCUGGACUUCCACUGCUAUGCUGAUGACACUCAGAUCUACCUCAGCACCAAAUCCCUCCAUAACCCACCCCUUACCCACAUCGAUUCCUUCCUCUCCAGCUGGUUGGUGCAGAGGCGUUCUGACUCCGCCCCCUCGCAGCCCCUCCCUCCGGACUUUCUGUCUCUGAACCGAGACGCCGUGCGCUCCGGCAUCGUGACGUCCAAGGAGCUGAGCCAAUACCGCGCUCAGAUGGGCGGGGCCUAUAGCCAGGGCCACGACCCCAUACCAAAGAGGGGCGGGGCUUCACGGCGCCCGGCGGUGCCCGACAUCACGUUCGGAGUCACGACCAAGGCGUCAGACCCGUUCAGCGUCCUCCUCUCUCAUCAGUACGGACGGCGCUGGCUGGACGAACAGAUGAAGAACAGCAGGAAUCAAACCAGCAACCAGCAGCAGAAGAGGUUUAAAGCAGGUUGUAUCCCAGACAGGAGGAGCAGAGAGCUGACCGUCUCUCCCCUUCGACACACACUGCCCCCCCUCACACAG